AUGGUGCGCGAAACUAAGUAUUAUGACGUCUUGGGGGUGCAUCCUAACGCCACUCCAGAAGAAAUAAAGAAGGCGUAUAGGAAGCUUGCGCUCCAGCAUCAUCCAGAUAAGAGCAAGGACAAUGGUGAAAAGUUCAAGGAGAUUUCUCAAGCAUUUGAGGUUAUCAGUGACCCGAAGAAGCGUCGGAUCUAUGAUGAGGGUGGGGAGCAAGCAAUCAAGGAAGGAGGGGCUGAAGGAAGCGGGUUUCACAACCCAAUGGACAUAUUCGAAAUGUUUUUCGGUGGCGGCGGUCGUUCAAGGGGUCCGCGCCGUGGAAAGGACGCUGUUUAUCAGCUCUCAGUUAAAUUAGAAGAACUCUACAAUGGUUGCGUCAGAAAACUCUCCAUUACGCGGAACAGCAUAUGCAGCAAAUGCGACGGUCGAGGAGGCAAAUCCGGUGCUGUUCAGCAGUGCAGAACCUGUCGUGGAACUGGCGUCCAAACACAUAUCCGGCAAUUGGGGAUAGGUUAUGUUCAGCAAAUUCAAAGCACUUGUUCGGUUUGCAGAGGGGAGCGAGAAAUAAUUGAUCCAAAGGAUUGUUGCAAGACGUGCGAGGGGAAGAAAGUGGUGAGGGAAAAGAAGGUCAUCGAGGUUCCCAUUGACAAGGGAAUGGCUGAUGGAGAAUCUAUCAAGUUCGCUGGAGAAGGUGACAGGGAACCUGGGCUAGAGCCUGGGGACGUUAUAAUCGUGAUCGAUGAGCAAGCCCACGAUCGUUUUGUUCGUCGUCGAACUGAUCUCAUUUACACAAUGCCUCUUACUCUAAAUGAGGCGCUUUGUGGUUUUACCCGCACGAUAGACACACUUGAUAACCGGACACUUGUCCUCACAUCGAAACCCGGUGAGGUUUUUACUAGCAGUGAUUAUCGUGCGAUCGAGGGUGAGGGAAUGCCGCGAUACAAAUCUCCGUUCGAAAAAGGUCGUCUCAUCGUCCGGUUCCAAGUCAUCUUCCCACCGAAUAACUUCCUUCCCACGAAUAAACUCAACCAACUGAGGGAGCUUCUCCCACCACCCGUACACAUUGAUGAUAUUCCUCAGGAUGCGGAGGAGGUUGUUCUCCACCCGUUUGAUCCUGAGCGUGAUACUCAGCAGCACCAUGGUCGUCGAGCUGAGGCGUAUGAUGAUGAUGACGCAACAGAGGGUGGAAACCCCCGAGUCCAGUGUGCGUCUGCCUGA